CUCCCGUUCCGUUUCGAUUUCUGUGAUCAUAACUCACAGCCAAACCCUAAACCGAAAAACCAGCGAUGACGCGCAAGCCUAAACCCAAAAGCGGCAGCUCCUCUGCCUCGGCCACCGCUACUGCCUCCGCCUUCUUCAAACCUGGCACUAAGGUGGAAGUCAGUUCCGAGGAUGACGGCUUCCGCGGCUCCUGGUAUUCCGGCACCAUCAUUCGCCGAAUCGCUUCCGAUAGGUUCUUGGUCCAGUACGACAAUCUGAUGGCCGACGAUAAUAGUUCAGAGCAUCUCAGAGAACCCCUCGGUCUCCGCCACCUCCGGCCACUUCUUCCGACUGAGACCGCCCCUGAGUUCAAGUUUGGUGACGAAGUUGACGCCUACCACAAUGAUGGAUGGUGGGAGGGUCACAUAACCGAAGAAUUGGAAAACGAGAACUUUGCAGUGUAUUUCAGAGCAUCCAAGGAGCAAUUGGUGUUUCCCAAAGAUAAACUCAGGCUCCACCGUGAGUGGUUCAAUCAUGAAUGGGACCCACCGCUACAACCACCACCGCAACAGGAUAAAAGUGAAUUGGAUGAAGUGUCGUUGACACCCAUUGUGAAGUCUGUUGAAACUGUGAAGUCUGUUGAGACUGUGAAGGAGGAGGAGUAUAGGGUAGGGACUGCAGUUGAAGUUAGCAGUGACGAAGAUGGGUUCAGUGGGGCUUGGUUUGCUGCCACUAUUGUUGAGGCUAAGGGAAAGGACAAGUUUGUUGUUGAGUACCAGAGCCUUUUGGUUGAUGAUGAUUCCCAUCUUUUGAGAGAGGAGAUUGAUGUCAUGCACUUAAGGCCUCAACCGCCGGACACUGCUGCUCAAUUCAGUCUUCUUGAUGAAGUUGAUGCUCUCUACAAUGAUGGCUGGUGGGUUGGCGUGGUUUCUAAAGUUCUUGCUGAUUCUAGGUACAUAGUUUACUUCAGGUCUUCUAAGGAAGAGCUAGAGUUUCAGCACUCUCAGUUGAGGCUGCACCAGGACUGGAUUGGUGGCAAAUGGGUCAUGCCCUGUAAGGCGUUGAAGUUGUGAAUGCUGAAGAUAGCAAGAGGUAGAAGAAAAAACCAUUUUGUGAAGUCACUCUAUAGAACUUGGUAGUUCGUAUGAAUCAAAACUUUUAACUCGUCUCGCCCAUUUUAGAUUCCGGAUUAUUUAGUUUUAGCUUUAGACGUUGACCUUGACAAUUUUUGGAUUAGUAUACCAAGUACAGUAUUGCAACACCUUUUCUUUUCCGGCAAUAUGGUUUGCUAUGCCUACCACAUCAUUUUAAUCUAUAAUAUAUUAUUAUAUAUAACUGCAAUAAUGGUAAUAUCUCUUUUUGGUUUUA